AUGAAGGUGGUCGCAUCGUUUGCCGCCCUUCUGGGCCUGGUCCACCUGGCUACAUCCUCGCCUGCCCCCCUCGCUGUCCGCAACAAUGCUGCUACUGCUGUCUCCGCCUCCUCGAAUGGCUUCGACCAGCAGACGUCGGCCUAUACCGCAUCGAGUGCGUUCCCCACCUCGAUGUUCGCAUCCUAUUACAACAGCCCCGUCUCCAUGACCGCCGAGCCUCGCCCCGUCGUCACGGAUGUCCAACGCAACUCGGUCUUCCCUGACAUCCUCGCCAACCCCACCAUCCUCCCGCUCGGCCCUUCCUCCUCGGAAGCCGUCUACCCUCUGGCCACAGGGACUGCCUCGCCCGAAAUUGCCUCUCAGGUGCGCAAGGAGCUCACAGACAUCUUCUCCUCGUCCAGCGCCAAUUGCACCAAGUGCACCGAUGCGCUCAAAUCUGCGCAGAAGCUCGCUCGCCAAUCUCCGAAAGAUGUUCCUGCGAUGCUGAUUGACCUCUGCACCAGGUACUCGUACAAGUCAGCCUCGACCUGCGCAAAGACAUAUGCCCCGCAAGUUCUCGGCUCCGUGUACAGCCAGAUCCUCAGCUAUGCUGACUUUUCUGCCAACAGCACCGAUGCCCAGUACAUCUGCAACAUUGUCGUCGGCUCCUCCACCAGCAACUGCUCGCUCCCUAAACCGCGCCACCUCGACGACGAUUACCUGGACAAGUGGUUCUAUGGCGAGCGCACACCCCCUACCACCUACAAUAUCAACGUCGGCGAGCACACCAAAAAUGGAAAGGAUCUGCGCGUGCUGCACAUCUCGGAUAUCCACGUCGACCCACGCUUCUUCGUCGGCGGGGAAGCCUCCUGCACCAAUGGAAGGUGUUGUCGCGCCGAUGCGUAUAACUCGACGCUGAGCAACGGCAACUUUACGCAGGGUACGCUACCCAAUUCCAAUAUCUCGGAGGCGGCCACGUACUGGGGCAACUUCAAGUGCGAUUCGCCGUGGAGUCUGGCGCUGUCUACGCUCGAAGCGGUGACGCCGCUCAACGGUGGUGAUGAGGUCGACAUGACCAUUCACACGGGUGACAUGGUGGUGCACGAUCUCGCACAGUACAUUUCGCAGGACCUCGUCAAGUACACGCACCAGAGUCUGUACGAUUCCAUCCGCUCCUUGCUCGGCAAAGGUCCCGUGUUUAACGCGAUUGGUAACCACGACUCGUCGCCUUCGGACUUCGCCUCGCAGGGUGCGCUGCCGAACGGUCGCUCCGACCAGCUCUCUUGGGACUGGGACAACCUCGCUCGACUCUGGGAAGCCGAAGGCUGGUUCAACCACGCGCAGGCCGAACAGGCGCGCUCGCACUACGCCGGCUACUCGGUCACUCCUCGCAAAGGUCUGCGGAUUAUUGCGAUCAACACCGACUUCUGGUACAAGAACAAUGUGUUCAACAUGAUCCACACACAGAACCCGGAUUACUCGGGCAGUCUGCGCUUCUUGACCGAUGAGCUGUUCCACGCCGAGAGGCGCGGCGAGCGCGUCUGGAUAGUCGGCCACGUCCUGACCGGCUGGGACGGCAGCAACCCGCUCGACAAUCCUACCAACCUGUUCUACCAGAUUGUCGACCGCUUUGCGCCGCACGUCAUUGCGCACAUCUUCUUUGGCCACACGCACGAGGAUCAAUUCAAUGUGUUCUACACCAACAACGGCACAAGCAAGGCGGCGCAGGCGGCCAAGGCCGUGUCGUUCAUGGCGCCCUCGAUCACCCCGGGCAACAACGUGAAUCCGGCCGUGCGCAUCAUGCAUGUCAAUGCGUCGACGUACGAGGUGAUGGACUACCACCAGUUCUACACGCGCGUGCCCACGUUCCCGGACCUGCCCUCGUCCUCGCACAGCCCCGUCUACGAGUACCUCUACUCCGCGCGCUCGGCGUACAACAACUUUACCGCUUCCAACGCCAACUCGAGCCACCCCGUCGCGGGCGGCGUCUGGCCCGCCAGCGCCCCGCUCAACGCCACCUUCUGGGCCAAGCUGACCGAAGAAAUGGCGGUGCGCAAGGACCUCGUGCAGCAGUUCACCGUCUACCAGGGCCGCAACAGCCCCAAGAGCCCCAAGUGCACCACAGACGACUGCGUCAAGGCCAAGAUUUGCUACAUGCAGUCCGGCUCGGCCAUCCUCGGCAAACAGUGCCCGCAAGGCUUCGGUUCCGUCCAGUCGUAG